CGGUGAACCGCUUCGUACAGGAAAUCGUGUAGCUGGUCCGUCUGAACGCCUCACAUUAUCAUUGUUGUCUCCGAUGCCGAAUGAACAGGAUUUUGCUGUUAACGUUUGCACAGUAUUAGCCGCUGAUCAUUCUAACCGGCUUCCGUUGAGCACAACACCUCAUAUACUGGAUUUCUUGCUAGCUCAUGCUGGAGUUUAUAAUCACUCGAGCCUCCGAGAUACAAUCGGCCGUUCAUACUUCGAAUCUCGCGGUCGGUAUCCCCACGAGUUCUGGUCGGAGCGAGCUGGUGGUGGCGGGGCGAGGGAACUGGCCGACGAGACGAAGUUCACCGGGGAUCAACCUGAACUGGUCGUGCAGGCAUUGGCUGCACAUAACACACUCACGGAUUGUCUGAUGCUGGCUGGUGGUGAAGAAGAGAAUAUGGAGAAGAUUGUUGAGGAUGACACCGAGGAUUGGGUGACGGAACCUUCAGAGGAAGAUCAGCUGUUUGCUCCGACGUUACCAGGAGGCGCCACAUGUGUUUACACACAACGUGUACUACAGAUAGCUAGCAUCGUACGAAGCCUGUCCUUUCACGAGGAGAAUGUACAGUACUUAGCCAGGAAUACCACUCUUAUAAGAUUCUUACUGCUAUGCGCUAACUGUUGGGUGGGAACUCUUCGUCAGAGCGGUCUAGACACGCUCGGUAACGUUGCUGCCGAGCUCAUUAUUAAAGACCCCGCGACAUGUUUGAUAUCUCGUCAUGUUCUAUCAACCAUACAAUCUGCGCUCGUAUCUCAAGAUCGUGCUAGAGUGUUGGCAGCACUGGAGCUCUUGAAUAAAUUGGCACAGAACGAAGUCAACGAGGAAGCAUUACUCAAAGCAUUGGAAUCAAAAGUGUAUAGCGACGUGUGUGCUCUGCUCACCCUCCGUGAUAUAAUGGUGUUGGUCUGCACCCUGGAGUGUGUAUACGCCCUUACCGGCCUCGGAGACCGCGCGUGUGAGGCGGUCGCACGUGUACCGGGACUGCUACACACACUCGUCUCACUGGUUACUGUUGAGGCUCAGAGCUACGGUCCCCGCGCGUGUAUCCUCAUGCGUGUGGUGGAGACGGUUAGCGGUCCGCCCGCGGUGGACCACGUGCAACCACACACAGUACAGAACAAUAUCCCCUCCCAACAGGUUCAAGCCCCAAAGCCUCAAGUGGAACCCCCCGUGGCGUCCCCCGCAGCCGCCACCCACACACAGCCUACUACACUACAACAAUCCCACAUGCAACAACGUACUGUACAAGAAAACGAGCACUUCGCCCAAGCGUGGCUCCGCGCUACUUACGAAGCUCUGCCCGCGUCGGACAACAGCGCGUGCGAUGCUGCGGACGUGUACAGGCAGUACCUCGCGUGCUGCACCAAACUGGCUCGCAAGGGAGUCAUCGCACCAGCGCACUUCCCGCGACUUGUCAGGACGGUGUUCGGCGGCACGGUUGGGCCAAACACAGUGAGCACUUCUACGGGUGAAACACAACAUGUGUACAUCGGCAUACGAGCGAAGAACAUAGCAAAUAGAAGUAAUCCGCCUGUUGGUCCGUCGUCACCUAUAUUAAAAGCUCAACUCACUAACAAGCCGAGCGCGACCGUUGAAACAAAGCCGGUCGUGACGCAACUGCAGACGCCAGCGCAGACCGCGGACAACAGCAACACGUCGCUUAUCAAACACCUGUUAGCGCACAAAGUAAGCGCUGCUCACACACACGUCGCCCAGAGACAGCAAAGCCAACAACGUCUACCGACCUCUGGAACAGUGGUUGUACAAACAUCUACAGCGACAUCGCUCCAGAAUAUGGAGGUGGAUCCAGAAGCGCUCAUCAAAUGUACGACGAUAAUACCCGGAACCGUCACCAGCACAUCUGUUCAGGAGAAGAUUGUAGUGAGCGCUUCCGACGAAGUUAUGGUACAAAAAGACGAACCAGUUCAAAUACAGAUAGACGAUCAGGCUCAAUUGACUAUAAAAACAGCACAGAACAAGAUGCUGGCUGAUCUCCUUGAGAAAAAAUCAAACCCACCAGUACAGGUUGUACAGAUGGGACAACAAAUAAAUGCACCAACUAUACAAAUAACGGAAACAGGACAAAUAGUUCAAGUUAAAUCGGAAAAUAUGAUACAGUUAUCGGAUUCCGUACAACCGAGCGCGCCGUUUUUUCAAAUUAAGAACGAGCAAGGACAACUGAUACAGAUCAAAAACGACCAAGGACAGAUUAUACAACUCAAAAGCGACCAAUUACAGGGCAUGAUUCAAAUUAAGAACGACCAAGGUCAGAUCGUACAGAUUAAAAAUGACAAUCUAGCACAGUUAUUACAGUCUGGUGUUAUACAGAAGAAUGAGAAGGACAUAGCGGAAAGUGUUGUGACGGAUCACUCGUAUACGGAACCACCGAACAAGAAAAUCAAAGUCGAAGACAAGGCAGAGAAUCCCCCGGAAAGCGUUUCAAAGACUGCUGCCAAUCUGUACGCGGCCUUAGCUGCCAGCCUCCAGGAUGAAGACGAUCUGCUUCCACCGAAACAAGAACCCGUGGAUGUUAUUCAGCCAUCAGUAUUAGUCGGUACUCCGGAGAACCAAUCAGUUUUGAUACAAGAACCUAUAUUACAGGUGCAGCAACCAACAUUACAAGUGCAACAACCAACAUUACAAGUGCAGCAACCGUCGUUACAAGUGCAGCAACCCACGAUACAGAUGCAGCAACCGGCGUUACAGGUACAGGUACAGCAGCCCUUACAAGUUCAACAGCCGAUGCUGCAAGUUCAACCAAUGGAUGUACAGAAUAUCAUGUCCCAGGCUGGACAGAUUAUAUUGCAGGAAAAACAGGUCGCUACUCAGCAGACGCAGUUUGUACAACAGCCCAUGCAACUUAUAGCAGCACCAAGCACAUCACAAGGUGGUUUGAGUUACAUAGCGCAAAACAUACCCGGUAAUAUGAUGCAGAAAACCAUCAUAAUAGUUCAGGGUACUGGAGGUGGUCCUCUCACACUAACGGUUAACAAUCCCUCUGGUUUGGACGAGGCCACGCUAAACUCGCUCAUAGCGCAGGCGACUGAGGCGAUAACACAGCAGCAAAUUAUUCAGAACUCAGGAGUGAUACAAUCACAAAGGGUGAUAGUCAGUCAGUCAGCGCUAGUCAGCUCGUCACAACCCAUAAUGCUGAAAACUUCCAUCACACAGAAUCCACCUCAACUGACGCCAAGCCAGCAACCUAUAAUAACAUCUCAACCACAACCUCACAAAGCACAAAUCGUUAACCCUCAACAAAUCGUCGUCACCCAAAAACAACCACCUGGUAUAAUAAGUACGUCAUCUGGCAACCAGAUCGUUAGCACUAUAGUUGGUAGCAACCAGCAAAUAAUCCAAGGAAAUCAGCAGUUACUUCAGGGUAACCAACAAAUAAUAGCGGUUUCCAACAACCAGCAAAUAAUAGUUAACACUCCAAUGAAACCAACUCAUAGAGUUGUCCAAGCAUCAAGGAACCAGGUUACAACAGUUGUGACCAGUAACCAGGCUGUCGUCACAACUGAUACAAAAACUGUUCAGAGUUCAGCGAAACCUCAAUCGGUGAUGCGACAGGUUAUAACUCGACAACCAGUCAUGGUCGGCAAUACCAAGAUCGGUGACAAAGAAAUGGUGGUCACGCAACCUGUAACUGAGAAGAUUCAACAACCAAAGAAGAUAGAAACUCCACCGCCACAGACGCCACUUCAGACACAGCCGCCUACGACGCCAGGGUCUGAGGACACGCCCUGGAUCUGUCACUGGAGGGGAUGCGGGAAAACGUUCUCCAGUUCGUCCGAGGUGUUCACUCACGUGGCUCGGACCCACUGUCCCAGUACAGCCGGCGGUGAAGCCCCCUGUAUGUGGCUAGACUGUGAUCGAGUCCCACGGAAGACAUUUGCCUUACUAAACCAUCUCACUGACAAACAUUGUACUCCAAAUGCUCUCAAAGCAAUAUUCAAUUCCCGUCGUCACACCGCGAGCGAGGCCGAGUCUGGUAAGCCUAUGUCAGUGGGAUAUCCGCCGAACGCAGCGUUGGCGGCCUUGAACAAACACGCGGCCGAUAUGUUCAAUCCCAGGGAGCUUAUGCACCGGGCCGAUGUGACCCGCACGCCGGACGCUUCGGAUGAAAACGAAGGCCCAGUUACGAAAAGCAUUCGACUAACAGCGGCACUUAUUCUCAGAAACAUAGUUAUUUACUCAAACACUGGUAGAAGAUUACUACGUUCAUACGAAGCGCAUUUGGCGUCAAUAGCCCUCAGCAAUGUGGAGGCAUCGCGAACUAUCUCCCAAGUUCUGUACGAUAUGAACAAUAUAUGAGACUCGCUUUAGGGGCAGAAGCCCGACGUGUGACAGUUCGGCUGUACGGGAAUUGUACGAUAAUACAGGACAAUCGUUUGCACUACGACAUGGAAAAAAUUGUUAAGGCUGUGUUCGCUCACACGACUGGAACAUUCAGAGUGAUUUAAUACAUCAUGUUUUUAUGUGUAUUAUAUAUUAAAAAAUCAUUAUACGUGAAAUCUGUGUCACUUGUAUACUCGUGAUAUAUGAAGGGGUUUUAAUUAUCAAGUAAGGCGACAUUUCCAUAGACUUAUAUCAAUUCAAGUACUAAUCUAUACGCUUACUCUAAGUUCUCGUGAUCACACUACAUACGAAGCGUUUCCCGUUUCUCAUUCAUUAACCUAAUAAGUGCUGUGCGAUGAUUUAUGAAUGAAAAACUUUGUACGCUGUUUAUGUAGUGGGACUUUGGAAACUAAGAGUAAGGAUAUAGAUGAAACAUUUAGUUAGCUCGUGAGUUUACGAAUUGUAUCGUGAACUUAACAUUCGAACGGUAAGUAUUCUAAAUAAAAUCAUUAAUAAGUAACAAUGAAGAUAUAAAAUUUAUAUUUUUGCAUUUAUAAUACUUGUAUGCAAUAAUAUUAAUUAUAUAUAAAUAUAGCUGAGACUGAACGUGUAGUCUAAGAGCUAAUAAUUGAUCCGAGUAUGUCUGUUUAUUUAUAGUAUAUGUGUAGAAUAUUUUAUUUUUAAGCUACGUUUGUGUUUUUUUUUUUUUUGUAAUAUUUUAACGAGCUAGUAUUACUUGUAAUUUAACUUUCCUCUAAUACUACGCGUCCAUUUUAAAUGGAUAGUUUUAAUUUUUGAUCAAUCGUAUAUAUCGUAUACCUAUUUUUCAAUAAAAUUUAUCAACAUUGAGAGUUGUGAGGAUUUUUUUUUCAGUAAUUUAUAUGUCAUUAACGAAAGAUUUUUUAUUCCGUACUUAAGGGGCAGCUUUAAAGUUGAAUUAACAUCAACACAACCGAGUUAUGAGUCGAAGCAUUGUUUAGUUUAGUUGUUAUAAGAUAUAUUGUAAUCUAGAAUUGUAUAAAUAAAGUAAUUUGUGAUUUUGUAUA